CGCAUGCGUCGCUAGGGUGACAGAUUUCAGCGCCAUUUUUUCUCUUCUCUUUUGAAACUAAUUCGAGAGUAUACACGUUUCGUGUCCGAAGACUUAAAAAUGCGUUACGUGGCUGCUUACUUGUUGGCCGUCCUAGGCGGCAAAGCUUCCCCAGCUCAGGGAGAUUUGGAGAAAAUCUUGGGCUCGGUUGGUAUCGAAAUCGACCAAACCAAACUCCAAAAAGUCAUCAAAGAUUUAAACGGCAAAAGCAUCGAUGAACUCAUCGCGCAAGGUCGUGAGAAGCUUUCCUCAAUGCCUGUAGGUGGUGGUGCUGCUCCAGCUGCAGCUGCUGCCGCCCCAGCUGCCGAAGAAAAGAAAGACUCCAAGAAAGAAGAAAAGAAAGCUGAGUCUGAAGAAGAAGAAGACGAUGACAUGGGAUUUGGACUCUUCGAUUAAAAUAUUUAACGUAUUUUUUAAUUUAAGAUUCAAAUUUCUUUUCUAAUAAACGUUUUUAACU